AUGGUUGUUAACGUCGGUAUCAACGGAUUCGGUCGCAUUGGCCGCAUUGUCUUCCGCAAUGCCAUCAACGACCCCAAUGUCGAGGUUGUUGCCGUCAACGACCCUUUCAUUGAGACCCACUACGCUGCCUACAUGCUCAAGUACGACAGCACCCACGGUCAGUUCAAGGGUGACAUCAAGGCUGUUGAUGACGGUCUCGUUGUCAACGGCAAGAAGGUUACCUUCUUCGCUGAGCGUGACCCCGCCGCCAUCCCCUGGUCCUCCGCCAAGGCUGAGUACAUUGUCGAGUCCACCGGUGUCUUCACCACCCAGGAGAAGGCCGCUGCUCACUUGAAGGGUGGUGCCAAGAAGGUCAUCAUCUCUGCCCCCUCCGCCGAUGCUCCCAUGUACGUUAUGGGUGUCAACAACUCCUCCUACACCAAGGACGUCAACGUCCUCUCCAACGCUUCUUGCACCACCAACUGCCUUGCUCCCCUCGCCAAGGUCAUCAACGACAACUUCGGUAUCGUUGAGGGUCUCAUGACCACUGUUCACUCUUACACCGCCACCCAGAAGACCGUCGACGCUCCUUCCUCCAAGGACUGGCGUGGUGGCCGUACUGCGGCCCAGAACAUCAUCCCCUCCUCCACCGGUGCCGCCAAGGCUGUCGGUAAGGUCAUCCCCGCCCUGAACGGCAAGCUCACCGGUAUGGCCAUGCGUGUCCCCACCGCCAACGUCUCCGUUGUCGACCUCACCUGCCGCAUCGAGAAGGGUGCUUCCUACGAAGAGAUCAAGGCUGUCGUCAAGGCCGCCUCCGAGGGCGAGCUCAAGGGAAUCCUCGGAUACACCGAGGACGAGAUCGUCUCCACUGACCUCAACGGUGACGACCACUCCUCCAUCUUCGAUGCCAAGGCCGGUAUUGCCCUCAACGCCAACUUCAUCAAGUUGGUUUCCUGGUACGACAACGAGUGGGGUUACUCUCACCGUGUUGUUGACCUCAUCUCCUACAUUGCCUCCGUCGACAGCAAAUAG